CAGCAGAAAAAUCAACUCUUCACUUUAGCACAAUUUUCACUUAAGGAAUUCCCAACGGCAGCAACGUCCGUAACGACAGCAACAACCAGCUAAGCAGCUGAGACGAGCAUCGUCUCAUAUCACACAAUCAUCAGCCAAAGCGAGUUGAGCGCCAAACAGCUGAGCGCGACCAACCAGAGGCAAGACUUGUGGUCAACACUUUACAACGUCAAUAAUUUAAUUUUUUGCUAUUUUUUGUUAUUGUUGGACUCGCGCGCAGCUCGCCGCCGCCCGUUUAUUGAGCAGGCGCAAAUAUAGCAUAAAACGCCUGGUUAGCCAACAACAACCAAUACUCACCACAAUUUAUUUUUAUGUGUCACGCGCGGCAGCAACAAAAAAAGGAGCAACACCAAUCGCAAACUGAAGCGUGUGAAUAAAUUUGCUAACACCGCACACCGCACACCGCACAUACCACAGACCACACGCCGGUAAUCGGAAAUUUUCACAGUCACUAAACUAAGCUGAAAGCAAAAACGCAAGCGUAGAACACCAAGCAACGAGUGUGCAAGACAUUUUAAUUGCUGGUCUGUCGAUUGACUGCCUGUGGCCCGUUGUUGCCAUCAACGCCUUCGUCGUUUUGUGAUUUUUGUUUGAUUUUUUGUGGCUUAGCUUCGUCGUAAAAUUGCAGCGCACGCGCUGGUGGGCGGUUUUCUAUUAACCAUUGAACAAAUUGCAACAACGACAACAGCAACAACAACAACGAUUUACUUUAGAUUACAGUUAUAGUCGAAGACUAUAAAAUCAGUCAACAAAACGGCAAUAGCAAAAUAAAUAAAAAAAAAGGCAAUAACGUAAAAACAGUAGCAACAAUAAAAAGCGGUACAAUACCAAUCAAAUCAAAAGCAUAGAGCUAGCUAGAACAACAACAACACCAACAACAAUCACCACACAAGCAAUAUGAGAAAGAUGCGGAUCAAAAAGAUUUUAUUGACUGUCGUCGUGUUUUUCCUUUCACUGCAGAUUGCGCUCACAGAUGACGUGGACGUGGUUAAGGCCAUCACCGGUACUGAAGAAAUUUCCGAGCAUGACAAUGAAGUGGAUCAGGUGGCGCUGGAAUCGGAAGCCGAGCCGCAACAGCCACCAAAAGUUUUAUACCAGCACAACAUCCAACAACAACAGCCUGGACCUGCACGAAGCAAUCAUCAGAGCAUACCAUUGAGUCUUGGUCAACCCUUCGGACCGCCACCGCCUCCAGCACAGCUGGCUUACCAGGGACCGCCGCCACCAUUGCCGCCACAACGGCCGCCACCACAACAAGUGCAUGUGCCGCAGCCGUUGCCCGAUUUGAGUGUUGGCGCCUCAAGCAACAAUGAAAUUUGGUCUUCACCCGUGCAGGAUAUGCCGAAGAUAAUCUCGUUGGAUGUUAAGUGCGAGAAGAAUGGCAUGAAAGUGUUUGUUAAAUUUGAUAAGCCCUUCUAUGGUAUCGUCUUCUCGAAGGGGCACUACAGCAACAUGAAUUGUGUGCAUUUGCCAUCCGGUUUGGGGCGCACUUCGGCCACCUUCGAUAUUGGUUUGCAUGAGUGCGGCACAUCGGGUAACACCGAGAACGGUUUGUACGGCUAUGGCCAUGAGUCUGGUUCGGGCACAUAUUUUGAGAAUAUCAUUGUCAUACAAUACGAUCCACAAGUGCAGGAGGUGUGGGAUCAAGCACGUAAACUGCGUUGCACCUGGCACGAUCAGUAUGAGAAGAGUGUAACAUUCCGGCCGUUCCCUGUUGAUAUGUUGGAUGUAGUGCGCGCCGAUUUUGCUGGCGAUAAUGUCGGUUGUUGGAUGCAGAUACAGGUGGGUAAGGGACCGUGGGCGUCCGAGGUGUCGGGGCUUGUGAAGAUCGGACAAACAAUGACUAUGGUAUUGGCCAUUAAGGAUGAUGACUCCAAAUUCGAUAUGCUUGUGCGCAACUGUGUCGCGCAUGAUGGCAAGCGCGCGCCCAUACAAUUGGUAGAUCAACGCGGUUGCGUAACGCGGCCGAAAUUGAUGUCGCGCUUCACGAAAAUUAAGAACUUUGGUGCUUCCGCAUCAGUACUCUCUUAUGCGCACUUCCAAGCAUUCAAAUUCCCCGACUCCAUGGAGGUACACUUCCAAUGCACAAUACAAAUCUGUCGUUACCAGUGUCCCGAUCAGUGUUCUGAGCCGAAUCUGCAAGAAGUGCACCAUCUACAAGUCGGUCCAGAGUCACAAUAUGGACCACCACCACCACAACUGCACGUCGACACGUAUCAUGUGAGCAGCGGUAUUGGCAAGCGACGCGAUGAGCGUCGCGUACAACGUCGCACACGUGCUGUGGAUAACGAGCCGGAAGUGGGUCUUAAUCGGAUUAUCAAAGUCGUUUCAUCGGGUGAUCUCACCUUUGCCAUUGACGAUCAGGCGAACAGCACCGCAUCAGCCGCACCACAAACGAUGGUCUUCCCCGCGCGUGAAGAUGGACUCAUUUGCAUGACGACGCCCGGCUUUGCGAUCACUUUGAUUAUAUUACUUGGCAUACUCAUAACUUCCUGUCUCAUAUCAGCGGUGCUAUAUGUACGUUUGCGACCGUUCUCCUCAUUUACACAUGCGGAGAAAGAGCGUGCUGUUGCCUACACGAAUCCACAAUUAGCUGGCGCUAUGCCUGUCAUUCAAAUACCAGGACCACCGCCCAGUGUGGGCCAAGGUACGCUGACCAAAUCGCGAACGCAUACAUGAAGCUGAGAAGGGAGAAAGAAAUGAGUACACAGCAACGGCAAAUGGAUUGGACUCGGCUUAACGAGAUGUGUCUUCGACAGAUAGGAAAUCAUGCGCGAAUUAUAGGAGGCGAGCGUGCCGAACAAUGCGCUCUAGUUGCCGCUCUAGCCGCCGGCUACACAAAGCAAACACAAUAGUCUUCUUUCGUUUGGAAACGCCUUCCGGGGCAGAUUGUUAAUUAAGAUAAGGUCUGAAGACCGCAUAGAGGUUAAUAUAAUUUUAUUAUUUAGUUCAAAUAUUUAUUUUUCAACGCUUUUAAAAAGUUCAAUAUAUGUAUGUAAAUGUUUGAUUGUUCGAAAGUGAGGAAUCAGAAUAUUUGUUUGUUAAAAUUGAGAAUUUUUCGACGAGCCUAUCGAGUCUGUUUGGGCCUUCUGUAUUGGUGGCAGUUUAGAGUGUAAAAUUUUAGUUGUAAUGUUGAUAAAUAUACAAAUAAUUGUUUAGUUUUUAUGUUUAAUUUAAGUAAAAUAACUAUAUUAACAGUAUAAAAGUGUAUACAAGAGUAUGAGAAACCCGGUGCUAAGCCAUAUUCGAAGUUCAAAUGCAUCCAGUGACCUUUGCGUAAAGGCUAUAUUGUUUUUUAGUAGAUGUUUUUGCUUUACAGUAGUCUUUUGAAAUGUUGAUACUUAAAACCGAUAAAUUAAGUGGCAAAUUAAUCAAUUCAGCAACAAUUUUCUUAACUCAGCCAAUUUUUGUAUAAUUGGUUUGAGUAAAUAAGCCGAAAUUUAUAAAAUUCAGCGCCAAAAAAUUCUAUUUCAACGUUAAUACUUAAAAAUAUCAAAUUCAGCUACGAUUUGUUCAAUUCAGCAAAAAAAUGCAUAACUCAGCUUACACAUGUAUAAAUGGUUUGAAUGAUUACUGCCUACUCAGCUGAAGUAUAUUCAAUUCAGCACUAUAUUCUGAUAAUGCAACUUUAAAAUUAAAAAUUCUGCCGCGCUUUGUUCAAUUCAGCUAGAAAAAAAUUAACUUAGUAUCCAUAUUCGGCAUAGAGAAUUGUUCUAUUAUUAGCUCAGUCAACAUACUCGUAUGUAUAAUUGGUUUGAGCCGAGAUUUGUAAAAUUCAGCGCCAAGAAAUUCCAUUUCAACCUUAAAGUUUAAAUAAUUCAGCAAAAAACUUCUUAACUCAGCUUACACAAAUAUUAUUGGUUGGAGUGGUAAAUACCGAAGUUUAUUCCAUUCAGCUUUUUAUUCUAAUAUAGCAACUUUAAAAUUGCAAAUUCAGCUGCGAUAUGUUUAAUUCAGCAAAGAUUUUUUUAGCACAGCAUGUGUAUGUAGCCUCGGCUCAGUGAAAAAUGUUUAUCCAGCGCAAAUAAAUUCUGUUUAAAUUAAAUUGCAACUUAAAAAUUACA